CAAAAAUAUUGUCCAAAUCACAUAAACAAAGGAUUACUGUUUACUCAAAUUUCAUUCCCCUUUCUCCUAACGAGAGACCUGAAUCUCUCUCUAUCUUUGAAAAAAAUGGCAGCUUCGGCUCCUCUUUCUCACACUUUUUGCACACUUCGAUUCCCUUCUUCUUCUUCUAAAGCAGCAAGAACCUCAAUCCCUCAAUGUUCUCAAUGUACCCAUCACAAUUUUUCCCUCAACAAACAAUGCGAAACCACUAAAUUUGCUCUAUCUAGAUGGAAUCCAAUACUAGUGAACUAUACCAGACGUUCCUCGGCGAAAACCUGCCUCAUUCCAAGACUUUGCUUCGGAAGCAAGUGAUGAUGAGGAUAACCUCAGUGAAUUGGAAAUGUCAAAAGAUGUAGUAGAUGAGAAAUAUUCAUCUAGAUUGAAGCCCCUCAUGCAAGUUUACAAGGAGGUCAUCCUAGUCGGAGAUCUAAAGCUUAUUUCUGAAAUUGAGGCGGUCAUAUCCUCGGUAGAUAAGGAGAGAGAUGACAUGGCUCAAAAAGUAUCUGCUCUAUCAGCAGAUAUCAAUUCUGGAAAGGAAAAAUAUAUCCGUUUACAAGCAGAUUUUCAUAAUUAUAGGAAAAGAUCUGAGAAUGAGAAAUUAAGAAUUAGGACCAACGCUCAAGGGGAAAUAAUUGAGAGCCUCUUGCCCAUGGUUGAUAACUUUGAGAGAGCUAAGCGACAGAUCAAACUAGAGACUGAGAUGGAAAAGAAAAUUGAUGCAAGCUACUAGGGAAUAUACAAACAAUUCGUUGAGAUAAUGAGGAGUUUGCGCGUUGCUGUUGUUCCAACUGUUGGCAAGCCAUUUGAUCCCGCGCUACACGAGGCUAUUGCUCGUGAGGAAUCUCAGGAAUUUAGUAAGGGAAUUGUAAUAGAAGUUCGCCGUGGGUUUUUACUUGGAGACCGCCUUCUAAGACCAGCUAUGGUUAAGGUUUCAUCUGGACCUGGUAAAAGGGUACCCUCUUCAGUCUCACAGAAAUCCCCAGCAGCAACUGUCGGAGUUGAUGAAAGCUAGUUCAUUUUCACAGGAAUACAUUCAAUUCUUUGAAGAGCAAAGACUACUCCCAGUCAUAUAAAUGGAUUUGAAUUCUCAUCCGUCUUGGCAAUCCUCGGCGAUAGUGUACAAUCCUCGCUCGUUGUUCUUUGUGUCGAUUACACAAUGAGAAAUAGGGGGAAUGUUUCCUUUGAAUGUUAAGAGAUUCAAUCUAGUUGUUGAAGGAAAAUAUGCUUGUUCUGAUGUUUGUCUGAAGGCUUGUGAACUCUCUUUUGCAUUAAUAUGAAAAACCAUUUUGGGAUCUUACUAA